UCGAUUCAGAACACAGAAAACCGCAGCGGAGGAAUCAACAAAUUAAGUCCCGGUGAAAAGAGGCGGAAUAUAAAAUAUUUUGUGCAGAACAUUUUCCCAAGUGUAACGGCAGAAAACGAAGGACGCGAAUCGAUGGCGACGGCGACGCUGGAGCUGGACUACUUCAGGGCGGUGUCCCUCUACCGCCGCCGCUCCUACGAGCGCUGUGCGGAGCUGUGCAACGCACUCCUGCAGGCCGGUCACGAUGGCCAUGUCCAACUGUUCGCAACCAAGGAGGAGGAGGAGGUGGAGCACCAGCCGCAGCAGCAGCAGCAGCAGCAGGCGGAGCACAGCAGAUUCGGUAGCAAUUUGCAACGCAUUGGCCCCAGGCCAAGAGCAGGAGCAGGAGGACCUGGGGCCGGCGACUCUGGGGCUUCCAUGAUGAUGCCCACUUGGCUGAUGGAGGGCGUGUGGCAAUUAAAGAUGCGUGCCUUAACGCAGCGCGUCUUCCUGGACGAUCUGGAGGUGGAUGAGGACGGGGACGAGGCCAACGAGGAAGUCGAGUUCGAGCGUAUAGCCACGGCCGCUCGACCGGGGAGCAGCAUAAAGACCGCUUUCCAGCCACGCCCCCUCACCAGUCAAAGGGCGCAGCAGGCAAGGAGCAGGGGUUUCGGGGUGGCCCACUCCAGCGACGGUCGCCUAAACAGUUCUAGACCAGGAUCGGCGGCUGUGGCUCGACCGGGAACGAGUCUCAGUCGACCUGGAUCCUCCUUAGGAGGCGGUGAAAGACCCGCGUCCCGUUGCGGCACUGCCUCCAGAAUCCGAGCCACCUCGGCAGCGGCCUUCAAUGUGGGUGAUGCCACCGCCAAGCUGUACCAGGCAUCCCGUCUCAAUCCCACCAUCUACGCCGAACGAGAGACCCUGGUCAAGGCCCUGUUCCAGUUCCUCUAUUACCACGAGGCCGAUGUGCAGAAAGCCCACUCCUUGUGUCAAGCGGUUCUGGAAGUCCAGCGACAGAAGCCCAGCGGAUCCACGGCAUCCAACCUGUCUUGGUGGUGGCAACAGCAGAUGGGUCGAUGCUUCUUGGCCCUCCACUAUCCCCGAAAGGCGGAGCCCUUUCUUCAGCAAUCCCUGGCCACCUUUCCCCAUCCGGAUACCUAUUUACUGCUCUCCAGACUUUACCAACGAAUUAAGCAGCCUGAAAAGGCUUUAUUCUUGAUCAGCGAAGUGGUGGAUUCGCGACCUUUUGAUGUCACUUAUCGUCUGGAGCAGGCGAGGAUUCAUCAGGCCAUGGGCCAACAGGAGGAUGCACUGCAGCUGUACAGAUUAGUGGCAAAAUUGCAGCCCAUCAAUGUGGAGUCUUUGUCCAGCAUAGCCGUGGGUUACUUCUACGACAACAAUCCGGAAAUGGCACUAAUGUACUACCGGAGAAUUUUGUCUUUGGGAGCCCAUUCGCCUGAGCUCUACUGCAAUAUAGCAUUGUGUUGCCUGUAUGGCGGGCAAAUAGAUUUGGUUUUACCCUGUUUCCAAAGGGCUUUGGCCCUCGCCACUCAACCAGAGCAAAAGGCGGACAUCUGGUACAAUCUCAGCUUUGUAUCGGUGACCUCUGGUGACUUUAAUCUGGCCAAGCGAUGCCUUCAAUUAAGUCUUACUUCAGAUGCCCAAAAUGGAGCUGCUCUUAAUAACUUAGCUGUAUUAGCAGCCCAAGGCGGCGAUAUUAUGGGAGCCAAGUCCUAUCUAAAUGCAGCCAAGGAUGUGAUGCCCGAAGGUUCAGAAGUGUCCUUCAAUCUGCAGUUUAUGGAUGCGCACUACAAGCUGUGAACUUAAGGAGA